AUGCUGGUUUCACAGGUCACUAUUGGGUCCCCUCCGGUGGUUGCCAGCUGUGUGAAAGCCCCAACCCUCCAAUCAUUCAAUGCCAACCUAACUGUUCUAUUCUCUCUUCACUCAGAUAAUCACAAACAAAUAUCUCCGGUUGCAAGUGUGCUGGCAUCCCAAUCACCAUCUUCAUACUUUCCCACUAUAUUCAAAUAUAAUAAUUCUUUUUUGAAACUCAUGAUUGAUUCAAAAGACUCUAUUAUUAAUUUAAACAAAACACACUUGCAGGGUUUCUUUCUUAUUAAGGUUGAGUUUGAGAUUAUCUUCGAGAAGAACACAACCAAGAAGACAGCUGCUAUCGAAGCUUGCAAGUCCUUUGAUGACGCUAAGGAGGAGUACAGCAAAGAGUUUGAAGAGAAGAAAACUGAGCUCCAAACUAAAGUAAUAGAGAUCUAUGAAGCUUCUGCAACUGAAAUCAAGGCUUUGGUGAAGGAACCUAAAGAUGCUUCUUUAAAAAAGAACUCCACCGGGGUUACCAAGUUUCUUGAGGAACUAUCCAAGAUAGAAUUUCCGGGGUCGAAACCAGCUCAUGAAGCGUGUUCCAAGUUCGGACCAACGUUGGUUCAGGGACCUAUUUUCUUUGUAUUCGAGAAGGUGUCGACGUUUAUUGUGGUAGAAGAGAAGGAAACAACGAGCAGUAAAGACAAAGACGUGGCGGUGGAGGAAGAGAAGAAAGAGGAGGUGGCGGUACCGGUGGAGACUGAGGCAAAGGCGGCGGAAGAGGUGGCAGCCCCGGCGGAGCCACCAAAGGAUUGCUGAUCGAGAUGACACGAUCAAUUUAUAAUAUGUGAAGAAGCUGGCAACAAUUUGAUAAAACUGUUAUUGUUUUUGUAUUCGUUUAAUUUUUGAAAAUUACACUUUUGUAGCCGAAGUACUUGUAUUCCUAUGGUAUUUUACAGUUUUUGGUGUAUUUAUAUAUAUCACUUAUUAUUCAUUA